AUGGAGGUCGCGAUCGAGGCACCGGGGGCGUCGGGCGAGGUCGAAAUCGAGGAAGAGGGCGUGGGCGAGGCGAUGUCGCUGGCGACGAAGCGGACGUAUCAGCCGAGUAAUCUCGUACGCAAGCGCAGGCAUGGAUUUAGGACGCGUCUGCGCACCGCGGACGGACGUAAAAUUCUGAGCAGACGACGAAGAAAGGGUAGAAGACGCCUCUCGGCGUGA